CAGGUGGUAGCUAAGAAGUGAGCAGGAUGCCCCCAGGCAUUUACUGCCCUAUGGAAUUCUGGUCCAAGGGGGAAAACCAAAACAUCCAGGUGGACUUUCUGCUGCCCACAGGCAUAUAUUUAAACCUUUCUGUGUCCUGCAAUGCCAGCUUGGGCACCAUCAAGCAGGUGGUGUGGAAACAUGCUCAGUAUGAGCCGCUGUACCAUAUGCUCAGUGAUCCUGAGGCCUAUGUCUUCACGUGCAUCAACCAGACAGCAGAGCAGCAGGAGCUGGAGGACGAGCAACGGCGGCUUUGUGACAUCCAGCCCUUCCUGCCGGUGCUGCGGCUCGUGGCUCGGGAAGGAGACAGAGUCAAGAAGGUUAUUAACUCCCAGAUCAGCCUGCUCAUUGGAAAAGGUCUGCAUGAGUUUGACUCAGUGCAGGACCCAGAGGUGAAUGAUUUCCGCACCAAAAUGUGCCAGUUCUGCGAGGAGAGAGCAGCGAAGCGGCAGCAGCUCAGCUGGGCAGCCUGGAUGGAGUACAACUUCCCCUUGCAGCUGGAGCCCAUGGCCAAAGGCCCUGGAACUGGCCCUCUCCAUAUCCCCACCAAGAACAUUUUUGUCAACGUCAAGUUUCAGUCUGGAGGGGAGAGCUUCACUUUCCAGAUCUCCCCAAAUGAGUUCCCCAUCACGUUAAUGAGCUAUGCCAUCAAGAAGCAGGCUACUGUCUUCCGCCAUGAGACAGUGGAGAAGCCGGAGGACUACACCCUGCAGGUGAAUGGGAAAUGUGAAUACCUCUAUGGGAACUACCCCCUGUACCAGUUCCAGUACAUUCGCAGCUGCCUGCACAGAGGCCUGACGCCCCAUCUGACCAUGGUACACUCCUCCACUAUCAUUGCCAUGAGAGAUGAGCAAACCAACUGUAUCACCAGCCCCCCCAAGGCUGCUGCCAAGCCUCCCCCGCUCCCCAAGAAAAAGCCAAACUAUGGUUCUCUGUGGUCCUUAGAGCAAUCUUUCUACAUCCAACUGGUGCAAGGCAGCAAGGUCAAUGCAGAUGAGAGGAUGAAGCUGGUGGUGCAAGCAGGGCUCUUUCAUGGCAAUGAGAUGCUGUGCAAGACGGUGUCAAGCUCUGAAGUGAACGUGUGCUCAGAGCCCGUGUGGAAGCAGAGGCUGGAUUUUGAUAUCAACAUCUGUGAUCUUCCCCGUAUGGCGCGGCUCUGCUUUGCCCUCUACGCUGUCAUUGAGAAGGCAAAGAAGGCACGUUCCACCAAGAAGAAGUCCAAGAAAGCUGACUGCCCUAUCGCCUGGGUGAAUGUCAUGCUCUUUGACUAUAAGGACCAGCUGAAAACAGGGGAGUGCUGCUUGCACAUGUGGUCCUCCUUUCCAGAUGAGAAAGGAGAACUUCUGAACCCCAUGGGCACGGUACAAUGCAACCCCAACACAGAAAGUGCAGCAGCCUUGGUCAUCUGCUUCCCCAGCGUUGCGUCGCACCCUGUGUAUUACCCGUCAUUCGAGCAGCUGCUGGAGUUGGGGAGGAAUGGAGAACAACCCCGUGCUGCACCAGAAGAUCCUGAGGAGAAGCUGCAACUGAAGGAGAUCCUGGAGCGGAGGAGCCACACUGAACUAUAUGAGCAUGAGAAGGACCUGGUGUGGAAGAUGAGGUACGAUAUUCGUGACCAGUACCCACAAGCUUUGGCAAAGCUGCUCAUCAUCACCAAGUGGAACAAGCAUGAAGAUGUUGCCCAGAUGAUAUCCCUGCUUCAGACCUGGCCAGAGCUGCCUGUCCUGAAUGCCUUGGAGCUGCUGGAUUUCAGCUUUCCUGACCGUUAUGUUGGUUCCUUUGCUGUCAACUCAUUAAAGAAGCUGACAGAUCACGAUGUGUUCCAAUACCUGCUACAGCUUGUCCAGGUGCUCAAGUAUGAAUCCUACUUAGACUGUGAAUUAACCAAGUUCCUGCUGGACAGGGCAUUAUCCAACCGCAAGAUUGGCCACUUCCUCUUCUGGCAUCUGAGGUCAGAAAUGCAUGUUCCUGCAGUUGCCUUGAGGUUUGGCCUGAUCCUGGAAGCAUACUGCAGAGGCAGCACCCACCAUAUGAAAAUCCUGAUGAAACAGGGAGAAGCACUCAACAAGAUGAAAGCUCUGAAUGACUUUGUUAAAGCGAGUUCUCUGAAGGCCACCAAGCCUCAAACCAAGGAGAUGAUGCACGUGUGCAUGAAGCAGGAAACUUACCUUGAAGCACUUUCCCACCUCCAGUCCCCUCUGAACCCCAACAUUAUCCUCGCUGAAGUUUGUGUGGAUCAGUGCACCUUUAUGGACUCCAAAAUGAAGCCUUUAUGGAUUGUGUUUAAUAACGAAGAGACAGGUGGAGGUGGAGUGGGAAUCAUUUUCAAAAAUGGAGAUGAUCUUCGUCAGGACAUGCUGACUCUGCAGAUGAUCCAGUUGAUGGACAUCCUAUGGAAGCAGGAGGGCCUGGAUCUGAGGAUGACCCCUUAUGGCUGCCUCUCCACAGGAGACAAGACUGGGCUGAUAGAAGUAGUCAUGCAUUCAGACACCAUCGCCAACAUCCAGCUGAACAAGAGCAACAUGGUGGCCACGGCAGCCUUCAACAAGGAUGCACUGCUGAACUGGCUGAAAUCCAAGAACCCAGGCGACGCACUGGAGCAGGCUAUAGAGGAGUUCACUCUGUCCUGCGCUGGGUACUGUGUGGCAACGUACGUGCUGGGGAUCGGUGACCGGCACAGUGACAACAUCAUGAUCCGGGAAACUGGACAGCUGUUCCAUAUUGAUUUUGGACACUUUUUGGGGAACUUCAAGACUAAAUUUGGUAUUAACAGAGAACGAGUUCCUUUCAUCUUAACCUAUGACUUUGUGCAUGUCAUCCAGCAAGGCAAAACUAACAACAAUGAGAAGUUUGAGAGGUUCAGGGGUUACUGUGAAAAAGCCUACAUGAUUCUGAGGCGCCACGGGCUUCUCUUCCUGCACUUGUUUGCACUGAUGAAAGCUGCCGGCCUGCCAGAACUCAGCUGCUCUAAAGACAUUCAGUAUCUAAAGGAUUCCCUGGCUCUUGGGAAAACAGACGAGGAGGCACUGAAGCACUUCAGACUAAAGUUUAACGAAGCCCUGCGGGAGAGCUGGAAAACCAAAGUGAACUGGCUGGCACACAACGUGUCCAAAAACAACAGACAGUAGAGCAGUGUCAGCCUGCACACCUGCUCCUAGAGAAUGUAAUACCUGCACUGAGGCCA